AUGUCCUCCUCCAGAGAAAAGCCCAGCACUUCGCAGUAUGCCCCCCUUUCGCUACACGAUGAUGGGGAGGUUUCCAGCACAUCUCUUGAGAAGCGCAUCUCCGAGGACGACCACUCUGCCCCAUUGUUAGAAGCCUCGGACAGUCUCCCCACGGAUUCUUCAUCCAAGCCCUCCCGGCUGCUCAAGCUUAUACUCUACUUCUCUUUCGCCCUGGCGCUGCUUUCAGCCGUCAAUGUCGCUCUCCUCCCCACCACGCUAUCAAAGUACCAAUCCUACACCUUCUCUGACUCUGAUGUGAAAGCUCUCCCCUAUGAUGACGCUAGGCUGGGAUUGGACCGGGUAGCAGACUUCGUGCCCCCUCCCAAGGUCUAUAACCACGCUUGGCCCGAAAAAAUUGUGCGGGUGAGCCGGAAGUUGAAGAAUGCCGUGUGGGGUCAGGGGGUCCAGGUCUACGUUACUGUCGAGGAUUCGACAAUCAUGCGCUUCCCGAUCCCUUCUGCCGACGUGGAUACUAACGUCUGCGCGCUCUCCUGGCGGCCGCCCCCCGAGUUCUCCGUGCGUGCCAAAGAUCUCAUAACCAAGGGGGAUGUAACAGAACUUGAAGUCUGGCAGCUUGUCGCACCUUCGGCCACCUCGGCCACCUCGGCCAAUGGCCCUAUCACAAUGGACGAGCUCGACUAUGACGCCCUAGCGUAUUCGAGCCUUCCCGUGCGCGGAGAGCUGCUCGGUGUGCUAAACCUCACAGCCAAGCCGAAUAGCACAACCCUGGAUUUCUCCUGUCCUCAGGCGGAGAGUCUCGUGGUCGAGAUAAGGUGCCAGCGCGUGGCUUGUCAUGUGAGCUUUAUGCAGAUUGAUAUAGCGCCGAGAUUUGGGUUUGAACUGGUGAGAAGGAGGGAAUGA